UUGGUUUCUGACAGAACAUUCCAAAAGCUUUGGAGAAGGAUUCAUCCUGGUUCAUGUGUUUUUUUGGCUCAAAGUGAUAGUCAGGUCGACUAAGUUGGUGUUUGUUUGAAAAAUCUGAGUUUCUGAGUUUCAGAGAUUGCCACGUCAUGAUUGCCACGUUGGCGCUAAUGGCCAUGUUGCCCAGCCUGACGGUGAACGCCGUCCGGGAGAGUACCGGUAAGUUCUUGCAAGACCACCGUGACCACAGUGAGCGUCUCUUCACCAAAUGUCGUAGUGCCAAGUGCAGCAGUCAAAGCUUUGAGCUCUCAGGAGAUGGAGGAAGACUUCUAUUCGAGGAGUGCCAGGUCAAAGAGAACCAGCCCCUCGAAACAGCGAGUGGUGAGACCAUGUGCCAGGAAACAUGCACUGUCAGAGACUCGAAGGAUCAGCCCAGGACCGUGACAGUCUGGCACAAAAGUGGCCACGGACUUCAGGUUUGCCAGUUGCAGGUGGGCUAUGACUUCUGUGAAGACACCUGCUGCCGUAGCAAGUGCAGUGGCCAAAGCUACGAACUGAAAACCGAAUGGAAAGGCCAGUGGCAAUUCCAGGAUUGCGAGUUGAAGGGCUCCUUUGGCAGUGGGUACCGUACCCUAUGUGCGGAGAAGUGCACGGUCGUCCACACCAAAGAAUCGCAACAAGUGCUGGUCUUGCGGGAAAGCGGGCCUGAACCACAGUGUGAACUGCAGAAAGUCGGGUUUCCAGAAAUGGCCAUUCAAUUUGUUGAACAACUCGAACAUGAUGCCCUGAAAAUUACGGAUGGCGAGUAUUGGCGGCUGCCGCUGAUGGAGGCAAAGAAAAUCAAAUUCUUCCUAUCGAAAGUGAAGGAAGACGUCCUUAUGCCAGAGUUUCAAGCUGCUGAGGGGCAUGGCGCCAGCCGAGAGAUCUCGACGGAGGUCAAACAUGUCGCGAUCAUUGGAGAUCUUCAUGGACAGCUCUUCAAUCUCAUUGCUCACUUGAUCCGUAUCAAGGAGACUUACAAGGACAAGGGGUUCAUUCCGCUUGAUGGAUCCUCGUUGCUUUUCUGUGAUCCGCGCAUGCAGUACAUCUUCCUGGGCGACUACGUGGAUCGGGGUGAAAGAGGAAUUGAACUGCUGCUGCUCCUGUUAGCCUAUAAGGCCACCGUCCGUCGUCCGGUCAGACCAUGUGGGUUCCGCCUGCCGCGGUGCUCGAUGCCCUCAGGGCCUGAUACUGUUGAACGGCAACCAUGAGGAUCCGAGUGUAUUCGAAAGCUACGGGUUUUUGGAGGAGCUGCAAACCAAGUUCGAUGACAACCCCAUCACCCAGCAAGUCAUCGAUGUCCUCCAGAUUUUGCCAUAUGUUGCCGUGGUGCCUGGCAAUUUCAUGGCCAUGCACGGUGGCAUCACCCCCGCGUUCGUGAAGGCGUGCACGGGAAAAGCUGGUCGGUUUGGC